GGUUUUUGGAGCAGCGCUAUAAAAUUCACAUUCCCACCCAUAGCCCUAAAAUCUCUGGCUCCGCUGACUGCCGUCUUUGUUCGCACACUCGAGGAAAGCAGUUCUCUAGCCUAAGCAUUCAAGAUGUCAGGAGACGAAGCUGCUGUUCCUGCAACUGAGGUUGCUGCCCCUGCUCCAGGAGAGCCCAUGGACCUCAUGACUGCCCUUCAGCUCGUGCUCAGGAAAUCCCUGGCCCAUGGUGGGCUCCUUCGUGGGCUUCAUGAGGGCGCCAAGGCCAUCGAGAAGCAUGCUGCUCUCCUCUGUGUGCUUGCAGAGGAUUGCAAUCAGCCUGACUACACCAAGCUGGUCAAGGCCCUCUGCAAUGAGCACAACGUCAGUCUGAUCAAUGUUCCCAGCGCUAAGACUCUCGGCGAGUGGGCUGGUCUAUGUAAGAUUGAUUCCGAGGGAAAAGCAAGGAAAGUGGUCGGCUGCUCCUGCGUUGUUGUUAAGGAUUUUGGUGAAGAGACUGAGGCCCGCCAUGUUGUUCUCGAGUACUUGAAGUCUCAAUAAGAGAGGAGCUCCAAAGCUUAAAACGUUUUUCUCCCUCUAGGUAGUACCCGAGAUACUUUUUGAUAGCUGAGGAACUUUGUUUUUGUUAUGUUGAGACGAUGAAUUGGUUGGCUGGUCCAUUUUUUCUUUGAAGUUAUGUGCCAUGUCUAUUUGACUUGAAGAGAAGCUUACUAUGCAUCUGGUUGUGGACAAUGUUCAGAGUUCUUUUCCCUGCUUUCAGAAUGAUUACUAUCCGACCGAAUUGUUUUGAGAGUUCAUACCAUUAAUGUAUUAGUUUUUUCGAA